AUGGAAGAUAUCAGCGUAGCCACGAAAGCAUCUCCACCAGCACCUACACCCGCUACCAAAGAAACCAAUACUACUAGUUCCAAUUCUGAUACAGAUGUCCAACGCGAUCCUCAAAUUCCUUCAGCCGCAAGUAGAAACCUGAUCAUAUUCGCUUUAGGCUUAGCCAUUCUCGUUGGCGUUCUUGAUGCCAUCAUCGUCGCAACUCUCGUCCCAACUAUCGCCGACGACUUCCACUCGGUAGGCUCUUCAGCCUGGUAUGGCUCGGCAUACCUCCUUGUCACAGGUGCCAUUCAGCCCGUCUUCGGCAAGAUUUACUCAACAUUUCAACGCAAAUUCGUCUUCCUCUCCUCGGUGGCCAUCCUCGAAGUCGGCUCUCUUGUCUGCGCACUGGCAAAGAACUCUCCUACCUUUAUCGCUGGCCGAGCAAUUGCAGGCCUUGGUGCUGCUGGUGCUAUUUCGGGUGGUCUCAUCAUCACGGCCCUGACUACGCCUCUGAAGCACCGACCAGUCUACACAGCCGUCCUGGGUUCACUUGAAGGCGUUGGAGUCAUCAUCGGUCCCAUCAUCGGAGGACAAAACGCGAGCAGUAUAGGCUGGAGAUGGUGUUUCUGGAUUAAUCUUCCCAUCGGCGCUGUCCUCUGUGCCAUCCUUGUCUUCUGUUUCCACCCUCCUAAGCGAACGCCUGAGCAAAAGCAGGAGCAGACUGGGAAGACCUGGACGCAGAAGCUUGCCCAGUUAGACCUUGAGGGCGGUCUGGCUAUCGCUGGAAGCAUAACAUGUCUGCUGAUUGCACUUGAAUGGGGAGGUUCGUCAUACCCAUGGAGCGAUGCUCGUAUCAUUGUUCUUUUCGUCGUGUUUGGCGUCUCUCUCAUUUGUGUUGCCGUCCACCAACAAUGGAAAGGGGAGGCGGCUACGUUUCCCACAAGACUACUCAAGAACAGGACUUUCUCCAUGUUCCUCCUGUGUGGUCUCUGUUUUGGCGGUGCCCAAUUCACUGUUCUGUACUACCUGCCAAUGUGGUUCCAGGCUGUUCAAGGAGUGUCGGCCGCUGAAUCUGGAACUCGACUCCUCGGCAUGGUCGUAUCUGUCAUUGUCGUUUCUGUCAUAGCGGGAGGAAGUGCUGGGGUUGUGGGCUACCUCCCGCCAUUUGUAUUCUUUGCAACCAUCUUCUCAUCGGUUGGUGCUGGUAUGCUGUAUACGCUUCAUCCUGGCAUCUCAACGUUCAAAUGGAUCGGGUACCAGAUUCUCUUUGGUGCAGGAUCUGGAACAGGCAUUCAACAAGCCAUUGUCGGCGUUCAAGUUGCAGUUGAUCGUAACGAUAUCGCAUAUGCAACUUCAGCCGUUAUGCUGGUCAACACCCUGGCAGGUUCCAUCUUCAUAGCCGUAUCUCAGACCUUGUUUCUCGGUGAGAUGAGGAGAGUCACCGAGAUGAUUCCAAAUCUCGAUCGCCACACUCUACUUAGCAACUUUCGGUCCUUCAGAGACAAGCUUGAUCAUCAAGAACUUGAUAUCGCAGUCAACGCAUAUAAGAGGGGCAUCACUAAAGCAUUUCUGAUUGGGCUCGUUCUCUGCUCAACAACGGUACUAACUUGGCCGUUGAUUCGCUGGAUCCCGCUCAAAAAAACCAGAAGACCCUAUCAAGAGUGA